AUGAUGGCUAAUUUCACCCUGAGUGGGUUUCUACUGAUGGGAUUUUCUGUCAAGCCUGAGCAGAAAAUCAUACUUGCUUCUGUGUUCUUAGUCUUAUACCUAGUGGCAGUGACUGGCAACAUCCUCAUUAUCACCGUGACUUCCACGGACAGUGGUCUCCACUCACCCAUGUAUUUCUUCCUGAAACAUCUCUCCUUUCUGGAUCUGUGCCACAUUUCAGUGACGGUGCCAAGGCUUAUUUGCGAUUCUUUCAUGCACAGUGGCUACAUUUCCCUCGGGGAAUGCAUAGCACAGUGUUUUGCUUUCACUCUCUGUGCUUCUGCUGAGGUAUCCAUGCUGACAGUGAUGUCUUAUGACCGGUAUGUGGCCAUCUGCCUUCCGCUGCACUAUGACAUCAUCAUGGACGUCAGCAAAUGUAUCUACGGAGUCUUAGGUGUCUGGCUUAGUGGGAUCAUAUCAGGAACUAUGCAAACAGCUGGAACUUUCUCUAUUCGCUUCUGUGGCUCCCAUGUCAUUCACCAGUUCUUCUGUGACAUCCCCCAGCUCCUGAAACUCUCUUGUUCGAAUGAGUACAUCAGAGAGGUCAGGGUCAGUGCCUUCCUGGCUGUUGUGGCCUUUCUUUGUGUCACCUUCAUUGGACUGUCCUACAUCCAGAUUUUCUCUACUGUGCUGAGGAUGCCGUCUGCUGAGGGCAGGGCUAAGGCUUUCUCCACUUGCCUUCCCCACCUUGCUGUUGUGAUUUUAUUCAUUUCAACAGGCUCUAUUGAGUAUCUCAGGCCCCCUUCUGACUCUCCCAGUGCACUGGAUAUUUUGCUGUCUAUUAUGUACACUGUUGUGCCCUCCACACUCAACCCAGUGAUCUACAGCCUGAGAAACCAAGCCAUGAAGGCAGCUCUGAGAAGAGUUUUCCAAUGA